CGUUAAGCACGUUUGCUCAAGCCGCCCAAUGGGGCACCUGACCAGCUGGGCAGGCUGGGGUAGGUAGUAACUGUAACCAUGCCCUUUUUUCUCAAGGAAGGAGGGUGUGGCUUUCUGCCUUUCGCGGGGACCAGAUUCUGCAUCGUGACAUUUUCCCGUUUCUCUUUCCUCUUCUUCUUCUUCUUCCUCUUGUGCCGUUGUUCCACAGGUCGGUCAGACAGGCUAGAUGCGUAGAUCGGUCGUGUCCCCAACAUGGAUGCAUAGAAUUUCCGGUUGCCUACGAAGCAAACAGGUUGAUACUAAGGCACAACAAAGCCGAUAUACUUUGCAUUACUCACCCUCGCACCCUAUUACGAGAUACCACCUGCAUCGUGUCCGGAUCACAACACCGGCGCUGGCGUCACAGUCUCCUGUCGUGUCUCGGGAUCCUGACUCAAGGGGUUUUUGGAUUCCACUUAUACACAUAUCGAGCCUGUCAUACUCGAACCCAUGACAACCUCCAAUCUCACGAACAUGCAAUUCAAGAUGGCUCACUCAGCCAACGAACUGGCCCAUCGCCAAAUGACAGGAUCGUUGAAACCCAGCAAACACCGUACGGAAAAAUCACAACCGUUCGAUGCGGAGGAUCUACGCCGCCGGCUCUACAUAGUUCUCUCGCAGCAAAAUGCGCAGAAGGAGGAGAAACGACGCGCGAGGGCCGAAGCUGCGGCUAAGAAAGCCAUGGGAGGAGAGGCCGGCCUCGCUGAAAUCCAACAAGAAGUAACGAGUUGCAAAGAGAUCUUCACCACCCUUCCCGAAAGCGCAAAGCCUGCUUCUCGAACCAUUGUAAAACCCAGCACACAGCAGGACGCAACAUCACCACCAGGAAAGCAAACCAGCAACACCACAUCCCCAGACAGCACCUUAACCCGGUCGCUCUCCAAAAGCGGCUGGGAUAAACUCCAUCGCAAGCCCUCCAAGCUGCAGUCCAACCCAGUAGAAGAAGCAGAUGAACAACAGCUCUACCACCACGUCCCUCAGCAAGCAGCCGCCCAGUUCGCCCGGACCGCCACCGCAGACAAGAUGCGCGGAUCGAACCAGAUCCACAGCCUCUCACGGCAAGCGCUGCGCUUCUACACCGAAGGCUCACCAUCCGAAAAGGCGGAACUCAACUCGAGCAAGUCGCCCUCAGACCAGAUGCGCGCCUUGAGGAGGGCGCAGAGCCACCGCGAGAAACUGCAUGAUCGGAACCAGUUCCAACAGACCCGAGCUCUAGAAGACUCUGGAGUGGGGGAGCGGAUAAGCCUGGGGAAUCUGAGACAGAGGCAUACCAUCCCCGGGAGGACGUCCUCGAAAAAGGGGCGUCACGGGAGUGCGGCGGCGAGACCAAAACCAUUGAGUAUUGCGGAUAUUCUUGAGAGUACGGAAGUUGGGGAUUUUGGACACAGUCCGCCGUCGCCACUGUCGCGGGAGGUUUCGUCUGGAGAUGAGAGGGUGUUGGGGGGUAUUCCGGAGGUGGUGUUGGCCAUGGACGCAGGUGCUGGUGCUGAUGCGGAUGAGCAUCGUGUGGAUUGGACGCAGAGGGAUGAGGAGGUGCAGUUGCAACAUCGGGAGAAAAGUAAGAGCAGUACGAGGAUCCCGCUGCUGAGGAGGGCGGACUCGAUAUGGGCUUUAAGGGCAAAGAUCAGUGGGAUGGGUAGAAAGGAUGAGGAUAAGAUCGCCGUCACAAUUGAAAAGAUAGACGAGACUAGGGUAGUGGUUACGCCUGGCGUGAAGGCGCCGAGGUUCGGGUUCCUGGCGAGGUUUAAACGGUGAUUCGUGGGUUAUGAACUAAUAUCUGACUACUUAAUGAAGUCAAUGGUAGUCACAUUUGUAUGUCGAGGGAAUGUUAGGUGGUACUGAUAUGUGAGAGCUUUUCUGGGGUCUACCAAGAGUACGAGCUGCUGUCUCGUUUCCUUUAAUGUUACUACACAUGGGCAGUUCAAUGUUAGCACGACCAGGGUACAAGAGCUUUGCAAAAGCAAUGACAUUCAUUCG